CCAGUGCAGUGUGCAUCUGUAACUUGUCGCCAUCGUAUCUGAAUAAGUGUGAGAACUAGCUGCAGUGAGCCUUGAAUAUGACAACCUAAUUAUAUAAUUUACGCGUCUUUGUGGGAUUUUAAUGAAACGUUGCUAUGUUAGGUUAUCGUGAAUGCGUUUAGCGGAGUCGUAAUGGUGUAGUUAUAUGAACUGUGGCUAAUAAACAUCUUGAGUAGCAGCAAGGUUAACCCAAGGAGCGGUUGGCUGCUUGUUGGUGCUAAUGCUAAGUAGCUAGCAGGCAAUUACAUGGACAGUUAAUGGCAUUGUUUUGACUUAAUUGUUAUCAAUAUUUUUCCGACUCCUGGUUAUUUUGGCACUUGUGUCCUAACUGUAUAUGUUAGCUAAGGCGCUAGCAUCGCCAGGAAGCUAGCCGCAACUUCGCUGAGAAACCCCCAAGAUUUUUUUUUGUGAAGCUAACGAAGCUAACUACCAAGCUUGGCCGGAUAAAAGUCUGUUAAACUGGAGCUGGCACCGUCACAUUUCUUCCUUUAACACCAGGCUGCUUGGCGUGAAACAUGUCUGAGGGCUCUGAGAGCAAGCAGGCCUCGGACACUGUCCAGGAAGCCAAGCCAGAGCCGAUGGCCGCUGCGCCCGCAGGUCAAGGCGUGUCGUCGGUGUCUCCUCCUGUGUCCGUGGUGAGCCAGCCCCCAGCUGCAGCUGCCACGGAGGAUGAGGAGGAGGAAAGCGAGGAUGAGUCUGAGAUUUUGGAGGAGAGUCCAUGUGGACGCUGGCAGAAGCGCAGAGAAGAGGUGAAUCAGCGCAAUGUGCCUGGCAUUGAUAACGCCUACCUGGCUAUGGACACUGAGGAGGGAGUGGAGGUGGUUUGGAAUGAAGUCAUGUUCUCAGAAAGGAAAAACUUCAAACUACAAGAGGAAAAAGUAAAAGCCGUCUUUGACAAUUUGAUCCAGCUGGAGCAUUUAAACAUUGUGAAGUUUCACAAGUACUGGGCUGACGUCAAGGAGAACAGAGCCAGGGUCAUCUUCAUCACAGAGUACAUGUCCUCUGGAAGUCUCAAACAGUUUCUGAAAAAGACAAAGAAGAAUCACAAGACCAUGAAUGAAAAGGCAUGGAAGCGCUGGUGCACACAAAUACUCUCUGCUCUCAGCUACUUGCACUCCUGUGAGCCUCCCAUCAUUCACGGCAACCUGACGUGUGACACCAUCUUUAUUCAGCACAACGGCCUCAUCAAGAUCGGCUCAGUGGCCCCAGACACCAUCAACAACCAUGUCAAAACCUGUCGGGAAGAGCAGAAAAGCCUUCAUUUUUUUGCUCCAGAAUAUGGAGCUGUUGCCAAUGUCACCACCGCAGUGGAUAUCUACUCCUUUGGAAUGUGCGCCUUAGAGAUGGCCGUGCUAGAAAUCCAAAGUAAUGGAGAUUCAUCGUAUGUUUCCCAAGAAGCCAUAAACAGUGCCAUUCAGUCCCUAGAGGACCCCUUGCAACGGGAGUUCAUCCAGAAGUGUCUGGAGGUGGACCCCAGCAAGCGGCCCACUGCCAAGGAGCUCUUGUUCCACCAGGCCUUGUUUGAGGUGCCCCUUCUCAAGCUGCUGGCUGCUCACUGCACCGUCAGCCACCAGCAUAUGAUUCCAGAAAACGCCUUAGAGGAGAUGACAAAGAACAUGGACCCCAACCUGGUGAUUGUUGAAGGGAAGGAGGGCGUUCAGAUGAAGCUGUCACAGUUUCCUGCCCUUGAGCUGGACAAAUUUCUGGAGGACGUCAGGAACGGGAUCUAUCCUUUGACUGCAUUUGGGAUUCCAUGUCCACAGCAGCCUCAGCAGGAGGCGGUGAAGUCACCCAUCGUGCCCCCAUCUGUCAAAACGCCCACUCCAGAACCUGCAGAACUUGAGACCAGGAAGGUCCUCCAGAUGCAGUGCAACAUUGAGCCGGUGGAUGAAGGAGCCAAGCAUCACCUCACUCUGCUGUUGAAACUUGAGGACAAACUGAACCGACACCUGAGCUGUGACCUGUUACCAAAUGAGAAUGUGCAAGAGUUGGCUGUGGAGCUCGUUCAGCUCGGCUUCAUCAGCGAGGGUGAUCAGCCCCGACUCACGUCCGUUCUUGAAGAGGCCUUCUCCAAGUUCUACAGCCGCAACGGUUCUCUCAACCCCGUCACAGUUUCCUCGUAGCCAAGGACUGGCAGCGGGCGCUCCCUCCCUCACUCGGCCACAGCCCGCCUCUACUGCCUCAUGUGGACAGACCAAGGACUGCGCCUCCUUUGCAGUCUUUGGAUGCUGUGGUGGGACAAAGCUACCACUAAGUGGUUCUCUCUUAUGUUGUCUUCUCCCUUACAGUACAGUACAGUACAGUACAGUACAAUCUAGUACAGUACAGUACAAUCUAGUACAGCCAUCUGCUUCUCUUCUGGGAGAAAAGCCUCGUCAUCGAAGGAAAACUCACUCUGGCUUAUUUCUUUCACUUCUAAAGUCGUGUAAUGUUUAAAAGAGUAAGCAGCUACAAAAGAGCGGUAUUUUCCUUAAGUCAGUAUUAAAAGUGUAUUUUUAACAUUUUUACUUGUUGAAUAGCUGUCAUUCUCUGUCCUUCCCCUCCUGCAUUCUGAAGUGUGUUGUGGUGUUUAAGUCAAGUCUGCUUGUUUAAGCUGUGGAUGAGAACAUGAACGCGCCAUGCUAGCUUCUCCUAAAAGCUGUGUCAUAUAGAUAAAAAUCUAUUUAUUUGUCUUUAAGUGGAAUUUACUCACUGAAUGUAGUCCCCCCCACCCCCCACCCCCAAAUUUACUUUGCUGUUACUUUCUACCACAAACUUUUACAGGACUGUGAAAAGUGUGACAUGGUGAGGCUGCUUUACAUCAAUGUGAACAUGAUUCUUUUUUUUUUGUUUAUUCUGUGUGCAUAUGUCUAGCUUGCUACCACAGUUACUUCAACAAAAUUAAUCAUCUUUAACAUGUAGUGAUUCAUUUGGAUCAAAGCAUCUUAGCUUGCACCCCCACCCCCGUAAAAUUAUUCCAAAUUAGCGAAUGGCCAUAAUUGAGAAACGAGUCUUGCCUUUGAACGUCUCACAGGGUGUGUACAUACUGACAGAUUCUGGUGUGCUUUGGUUGUGCUGGCAUCAAGUCUUGUAGACAUUAUGCUUCACACACUUUUCUGCUAUAUACGUUUGCCCUUUUUCUCUUUUUUUCCACUUUCUGAACAUUAAAAAAUCACUAUCAGUA